CUUUCUAUUUCAUCUGUCCCUGGACACCAGCAUGACAGCUCAAUUGCUGCUUCUCCUGCUAUUUGUGAUUUUGAAUCCAGGGGAGCUAUUCUUGGGUGUAAUUGGUAAGCCCCACAAGGUGAAACAUGAAGUGGCAUCAACCAGUGAGGAAUCCUGCCAUUUCCCUUUCCGUUACCAACGCAAAAUGCACUACUCCUGUCUCCCUGGCGACUUUCUUAAAUCUCAGCGCUGGUGCGCCACCACAGCAAACUAUGACCGAGACCAACAAUGGAAACUUUGUCAGAAAGAGGAAAGGCCAACAGGGUACUGCGAUCCUAACCCCUGCCAGAAUGGGGGUGCCUGCGAAGCUAGGAAGACUGGAUUCCACUGCACCUGCACAGCUGGUUUCCAUGGGAAACGCUGUGAGAAAGAAGGCUGCUUUGGAUCACAAAGAUGGUUGCAUGUUGGCAAGAAGGAAACAUGGCUGCAAUAUUUUCCCUCUACUGGGCUGAAGGAGUGCCACUGUAACAGAAAGAAGAUUUCCUGCAAGACAAUACAUGGAAAAGCAUGCAGAAGCAACCCCUGUCUGAAUGGAGGUCAGUGCGUCCAGCUGGGUCAGAACUUGGUCUGCAGCUGCCCUGAAAAAUUUUCUGGACCACUGUGUGACGUAGAUCACACUGAAAUCUGCUACAGUGGGAAUGGAUACCUAUACCGAGGCAUGGCUCAGAGUAGCUCCUCGGGGGCAGCUUGCCUACCCUGGGACUCCCCGCUCCUUCUUAUGGAGUAUUCCAUCCAACUCGGGAAUGCAGUAAACCUGGGCCUAGGGGAACACGCCUUCUGCAGAAAUCCAGAUAACGACACCCAGCCGUGGUGUUUCUUGCUACAAGACAGACGAAUCACAUGGGAGUACUGUAACAUUACCCGCUGUCACCCACAAAGUUCUGGUGAACUGAUAACAAAAGUGACAGGAGCACCUCUGGAAGAGUGGACCAUGAGCCCUGUGAAUAGCAAACCCCCGUCUGCCACUAGCUCAGCUCCAGUUUGUGGACUACGCUUUACAAAAGUCAUUUCCUCACGCAGCCGUAUCGUAGGAGGUAUGGUGGCACUCCCUGGUGCCCAUCCCUAUCUGGCUGCUCUGUACAUUGGAGAGCAAUUCUGUGGAGGAAGCCUCAUUGAUUCCUGCUGGAUCUUGACUGCUGCACAUUGCCUAGAAUUCAUGCCAGAUGUGUCUAGAAUUUCAGUGGUGCUUGGCCAGAUCUUCUACAACACCAGCACUGACGGCAGUGUGAAGUUCCAGGUACAGAAGUAUCAACUGCAUGAGAAUUAUUCACAAAUAACUAAGGAGCAUGACAUUGCUCUGGUGCAACUGGAGGAAAAGUCCCCAGGACAUUGUAUUGGAUUUUCCAACUCCAUUUCACCUAUAUGUCUGCCUGGUUCCUUGGAGACAGAUGACAACAAUGGACAUUGCCAGAUUGCAGGAUGGGGACAUAUGUAUGAAGGAGCUGACAAAUUCUCUGUAUAUCUGCAGGAGGCAGAUGUGCCCAUCAUUCCCCAUGAGCAGUGCCAUUCCCCAGAGGUACAUGGGUCCCAGAUUACCCAACACAUGCUAUGUGCAGGUUACCUGGAAGGAAGAAUUGAUGCAUGUCAGGGAGAUUCGGGCGGUCCCCUGGUAUGUGAAGAGCAAGGCAAGGCCACCAUCCGUGGCAUUGUCAGCUGGAGCACAGGCUGUGCCCAAAGGAACAAACCUGGGGUUUACACCAAUGUCGCUCGUUACCUCAGCUGGAUUCAGAGCAACAUGCAUUAGCAAGCCAGAGAGUAGAAAGCCAGUGAAACUGAAAUUCCUCAUGGGCUUGAACAUCUUUUUCUCUCUUAGCUCCCUAGGCUAGAUGCAGAACAUUACAGAACCGGAGGAUACCAGUUGUGUGGGUUAUUUUGGGGGAUAAUAAACCAUCCUGCACCAAAUGUUCAGACUCCAUGUUGUAGUCUGAAAAAAAUCUUUACUGAGACAAUGGAAGGCCCACUGCUUGAGUUCGACUGCUCCCUCCUCUCUGCUAGGAAGGCUAUAAAUGCCAGAAGGUUGGCUGCCUGCACAACAUUUGUUCUCCAUGUUAAAUACAUCUCAGCAACAGGCCUCUCUUUGGUGUCAUUCUUGAGGAGACACUGAAAAGGUAGGUUUCCCCUCCAAUGGGCAGAACCACAAAAGCUGGAGUUCAGCUAAAUGAAACCCUUGAAUACUGAGCACUGAACUCUCAGCAGAAGAACAUUUUCACACAGAAAUAUCAAAAUUAUGAAUCUACUUUGUGUUUUGAGUGACCAAGUUCAGCAAAAUAUUUUUGGAGGAUGGGGAGGGAAGAAAUAUUGUUCCAUAGACUCUGAAACAGCAGAGGGCACCCCACGUCUAACAUUAAUUCUGUAAGGAAAGUCAAAAGGAUGGAGGGCAAAUCUGCUCUGGCCCAGAGGAGAAACUCCUCAAAAGCAGGCUUUUUGCUUAUCUCAUGACAUAAAACUAAGUCUUAUGCUUGGCAAAGACCAUGUAGGGUUUAUGAGCUAGUUGUUUUCAAGUAACUGAGAGCUGUCACAAAGAACGUGGUUGGUUCUCUGUCCAGAGAGCAGGAAAAGAUGACAUCAUGGAAAUAAAUAGCAAGAAAAUGAAAGAAUGAACGAACAUUUUAUUAUAGUCGCAAAAGUUAAAACAACCAAAUGCAAUGUGAGAAUGCAGAAAAAUCGGAUAAAUUAAGUAAAUUGCUUAGUUCCGUUAUUAGGGAUCAACACAGCCAGACCUUAUGGCUUGGACAAAGAAUUUAGCAAAUGUAUAAGUAAUUUUGGAAUGCUUAUUUUUAAAGAAAAAAAAUCUAAAUACCAUUGGUCUAGAGGCAGCCUAUCUAAGGAUUAGUUGGGAGCAUAGUUCUCAAAAACUUAGAAAGCUAUGUUCAAAGAGGACAUAUUUUCAGAGGUGCAAGGGCAUCGUCUGUGGACAAGACAACAAUCUAGCCAAACACCAGAAGAAACUUCAUACUGUAUGACUUUUGAACAGGCAGACGUGAAUGGCACUAGGCUCUCCUUGUUUGGAGAUAUUCAGAGCAAGAUUAGAGGUCAAGUAUGCAAGCAUUUGUCUGCAGAAAGAGGAACUCAUAGGGAAACUGGGGGUACAGACAAAUUCCACUCCCAAUCAUCCUAUGCUCCAGUGUCUUAGAAAGAACUUAAUGGAUUUAGUAUAAUGAUAUCCAUUAAUCAUGCUGUGUGUGAUCCAUCAAUAAGCUUAGAAUCUUAUUACCUGACAGUCAAAUGCCUGUGCAAGAUAACUAGGUAAAUUACUGUAUAAAUUAGAUGUUUGGAUUACAUUAUCUUCAAGAUCAAUCCAUCUCUACAGGUGUUUUCCAUCACUAAGUGAAGCAAUUGCUCAAUAGGAAAUCAUGUGACUGCUUUCUUUUUCCUCACUCCUCUACCUUUUGGAAUGCUCACCUCAGCUCUGGAAUAAUUACCAAGGAGGGUAUUUCUGUUUGUAUUUGCAUUCAUUGGAGGGGAAGGGAUUGCGAAAGAGUAAGCAGGCAUACAGUGGGGAAUGCAUAUUGAAAGCAGUGUAGUGGCACGGUCAGGCCGAGCAUGCUUGGGGCUGGGAGCCUCAAGUUUACUGUGCAAACAGCUCUUUUUAUUCUCAUUGUGUGAUUGUUUAUUCUCUUGUAAUCCCUUCCUUUCCAAUCUGUUCACUCUGGGGCGGGGGGACAAUAUAAUGCAUAAUGGUUGUAAUUACAAUCACUUGACUGAGGGAUGCUGCAAAGGUCAUAAAGCUAUAUUUUCAGUACUACCACAACAAUCCCUGAACAAAGUAGAUGGUAAGUGAGAAUUAUUUGUACUGUCAAGCGCCAGGAAAUUCAUAAGAUCCAGGCAUUUCAAAUGGGUAUAAAGAUUUAUUGCAAGCUUAAGCUCUCGACAUUAAUCUGAACUACUAACAGUACAAGCAAACUGAUCGUAGAUAAUAGUCGAUGAAAUUCAAGGUGGGCUGGACUUAGAUCUCUUGUUGGUAUGAAUGGACUCAUGACUAAUGAUGAGUUUGACCAUUCCCUCUGGCUCAGUUGGGUCAUCUCCUACACUAUUACACGAGGUACAUGUUAAUAAUUGGUGGGAACAAAAUAAGUGAAUAAUUGGAAAGCUGUACCCAGGAAAGCAAACAGUGAUUCUCCUGAUUUUAUAAGAUUUUUACAUUGAAUUCUCCUGAAAUGAUAAAUCAAAUUUGUCAGCAUUCAUUGAUCAAGAAAAUUCGUAGCUUAGAUGCACAUUGAACAUCGUAGAAGUAGCAGAAAGUGGCACAUCUACAACUGUAGUAGGUCAAUGGGUAUAGAUGCAUGUGGUGAUUUAUGGUUUGCUGCUGAUUCAACAGAGAUCUCAUGUAAAAUAGUGUGAAGACUUAGGUUUGUUCUGAGUUGUGCCCAGAACAUUUGGAACUACAGUUGCAUUUGGUUGUUGUAUGCAGUUGGCUAUGGUCUUUGUUUCAGUUAUGGUUAUCUAUAAAUACCAUGUGGAUUAUGGAACUUCAAGAUGAUCCAGGCCUCAGAUUCACAU